GUGCCGGAUAAGCUGACAAAGAAGUCGGAUUGUUUAGUUGAAGAAGCAUCAUGCUUCGUCAUGCUCACGGCACAUAACUGUGUAAUGGACAAGUCUGGGUGUCCUAUCAACGGUUGCCAUUGUGUUGAUGCGGGCCUGGUCAUGAAUCACAAAAUGGCAUGAGAUGGGAGGAAAGAGCUGAUACUUAAGAAUAUUGGUAACGUAUUGCUGAGACAAGCAAACACAGAGAGGUUGCUUGGUUGAGGUGUGUGGAAACACCAUACAUACGUCAACUCCGCGACAGAUCCAGUCAGACAAUUGAGUUGCGUAGCAUGGCCCCGAAAGCACGGAAACGAUUCGACCGCUUGCGCCUGAAGCAAUUGACCCGGGCGAGAAGAUUUGAUGGGCUCAGUGUCAGUUCAAAAAGACUCCAUAAGUGUAAAUAGGUAAGGUAGGCAAAAUUUAGGCAAAAUAGAAGUUAUUUAGGUAGGUAGGUGUAGUUAGUAGUUUGUGAUGAGUCCGGAGAUAGAAUCGCCGCUGGGUGGUACAUCUGUGCUAUGCUACGCAAGACGAACAGACAGCUACCUACCUCCUUAUUUAUCUACCUGUGCAUACCUAUGAGUGAUGCCCUCGCAAGGACAUCACACAUAAUAGUACACAUCCAUGACUAUAACCAAUUCAAAGUUCAUCAUCAUGACUUCCUGAUCACCGGAUCCAGUCAAGACAUUGUUAGGUGAAUACCUCCACGUCAAGACGGACCUAUGUACACUCUUUUAUCCACCCACUCUUUUUUUAGGGACUUUUACUUCUGGAUUUUAGGGAGCCGACUGCAUCAUAGCCCCAUCGCUCACGCAGGGAUCCCACCUAUCGAUGAAGGUGGAUGGAUUUGGAUUGUUACCUUAGCUUCCCCAGCUGCUGUGCUCAGGUCUGCGGCGGGCAUUGGACGCUCCCGUCGUCAUAAAACCUUCCUGGCCAGGCCCCAAAACCUCGUCACCUUUUCCGUUUCCAUUUCCAUCUUCCAGAUCUCUCUCAUACUUCCUCCACUGUCCCCUUUGUCUUGUACAGCUCAUCCUCAUUCCCUUCUGUGUUGUAUCUCGUUCCCCAGUCCAUACUUGAACCUCAACAAUGGAUCCAUGCAUGGAGCUCAAGCAGAACACGACAAUCGUCGUGCUCGGCGCUUCUGGUGAUCUGGCGAAAAAGAAGACGUACCCUGCGCUUUUCGGUCUUUAUCGAAACCAGUUCCUGCCCAAGGAUGUCAAGAUUGUCGGAUAUGCCCGCACCAAGAUGGAUCACGAUGAAUACAUUCGACGCAUCAAGUCAUACAUAAAGACACCGACAAAGGAGACUGAGCAGCAACUCGAAGAGUUCGCCGGGCUUUGCACCUACGUCUCCGGUCAGUACGACAAGGAUGAGUCGUUCCAGGGUUUGGAGCAGCACCUCCAGGAGGUUGAGCAGGGCCGCCCCGAGAACCACCGUCUUUUCUACAUGGCGCUGCCCCCCAGUGUCUUCACCAUUGUUUCACAGCAUCUGAAGAAGAUUUGCUACCCCAAGAACGGUGUCGCGCGUGUGAUUGUUGAGAAGCCCUUUGGCAAGGAUCUUGCCAGCUCCCGAGAGCUUCAAAAGUCACUCGAGCCUGAUUGGAACGAGCAGGAGCUGUUCCGAAUUGACCACUACCUUGGCAAGGAGAUGGUCAAGAACAUUCUGAUUCUCAGAUUUGGCAACUCUUUCCUCGGCGCUACAUGGAACCGACACCACAUCGACAACGUCCAGAUCACCUUCAAGGAGCCCUUUGGUACCGAGGGUCGCGGUGGUUACUUUGAUGAGUUCGGUAUCGUUCGUGAUGUCAUGCAGAACCAUCUCCUCCAGGUCCUUACUCUGUUGGCUAUGGAGAGGCCCAUCUCUUUCAACGCCGAGGACAUCCGCGAUGAAAAGGUUCGCGUUCUCCGUGCCAUUCCAGCCAUUGAACCCAAGAACGUCAUCAUUGGUCAGUACGGCAAGUCUCUUGACGGUAGUAAGCCCGCCUACCGUGAGGACGACACUGUCCCCAAGGACUCGAGAUGCCCUACGUUCUGUGCACUCGUUGCUUACAUCAAGAACGAGCGCUGGGACGGCGUGCCUUUCAUUAUGAAGGCCGGAAAGGCUCUCAAUGAGCAGAAGACCGAGAUUCGAAUCCAGUUCAAGGACGUCACAUCGGGUAUCUUUAAGGACAUUCCCCGAAACGAGCUUGUUAUGCGCAUUCAGCCCAAUGAGAGUGUCUAUAUCAAGAUGAACUCUAAGCUGCCUGGUCUCAGCAUGCAAACUGUUGUUACCGAGCUGGAUCUCACCUACCGACGACGAUUCUCCGACCUCAAAAUCCCUGAGGCAUACGAGUCGCUUGUCCUUGACUGCUUGAAGGGUGACCAGUCCAACUUUGUCCGUGACGACGAGCUCGACGCCAGUUGGCGCAUCUUCACCCCUCUCCUCCACUAUCUUGAUGACAACAAGGAGAUUAUUCCCAUGGAAUACCCUUACGGUUCUCGUGGCCCUGCCGUUCUGGACGACUUCACCUCCUCUUACGGUUAUAAGUUCAGCGACGCUGCUGGUUACCAGUGGCCAACAACCAAUGCUGCUGCUCCUAACAAGUUGUAAGUUUGAUAACUUGCAUCCUCUAAUAACGCCUCCCCGACAAUGACAGAGUCACGACCGAUUUCGGACAAUGAUAUCCAAGCCUGGCGAGGCAACAAAACACCAAUCAAUGAUUCACUUUAUAUAAAAAAACGAUGGAAACUGUUGUCGUAACUUUUGCGACAUAAUGAUGGGCAUUUGCUUCUGGGAACUUUUUUUUAGAUGCGUUCACAUUGGGAGAUUGGCUCGUGGCUUACGAAUCGCUCAAUCAAAUGAAAAUUUCUAUUUCAAUCUUGAAUUGAUGAUUCCUAGUUUGGGAUAGGGAUAACUUCGUCGCUGUGAUACCAAGGCUCUUUAUAUGCCCCCUUGCCAAUACUUAUAGGCUGUGGUUUCGGGUCGUCGACGCCACAGAUAGAUGUUCAGAGACCAAAGGGUUGAAAGACAUGGUUAGCUUGCAUAAAGACAUCAUUGAUAUUACGGAGGCGCAUCAAUGCCAAUGCAUGCCUUCUCACCAUUAUUUUUUCAAGAUAACGAAAAACAUAUUGUAUGUGCCAAAUAAACUAAGCACAAAAUCUACCUUGCGAUUGAAGCGCUGCUUAUUUUUCAAACUGAUGAUGGUAAAUUUAAUGAAUCCGUGCACAACUGAUUAUGC